CAUUCUUCGCGUUUCAGCACAGUGAUGCUAACGCUAAGCUAAGGUAACGGCGGGCGGCGUGUGUCGUAGGUCCUUGUUUGACGUCUUUUCUGCGGUGAAAUAGUCCUGGCCCGCGCAGAAGACCUCAUUACAAUCUUAUCGUAUUUGUCUGGGAUGUAUGGAUGGAUUGUUGACGGAAUAUCGUCGUUGUUUGAGCCCGUUACGGGGCAAAACCCCACCGAGUGGCCCGGGAAAGGUAACGUUAGUGAAGAGGUACCCACGCGACCUGGCGUUAAAGCAGGAGCACAGCAGCAGAAGGGUCAAGGCAGACCGGCUAAACGGAACUACCAGAGUGUUGAUGUUGCAGACAGUGUUUGCCAGAGUGACCCGGUAGAGGUGAAAAGACGCAGGCGAGAUGUAGUCAUCAGCUUUGUGAAGAAGACUGUGGCCGGGGUAGCUGGUCUGCUCAGGCUGCGCAGCCCACUGACGACCAGGUGUGAGAAGCCCAGACAAUAUGAGGAGACACAGCCUGUCACUCUGAUGGGGAUAGAUGAGCUGCACACCACGUGGCUGAACACUACUGAGUGGAGAAUGGAUCAACCAGUGGGUGAAAUGAAUGAGAGGAGUGGCAAGAAUCUCUUUCAGAGCUCCUCACCUCCUUUAAUGAAGAAAUACAGUGGAACAGCACUCUCUGCAGGUCUCCCUGACAGGGGGAAGGACAGGGAGAGGAGAGGCUCCCUUCAGCUGCUGCCCUCGAGGUCUGCUCUGAGGGUAGGAGCUGCUAACCCUGACCCAACGUGCAAUGGCUUUGGACACAACCGCUGCUACAAGCCCAGUCUUACUGUAGAAGAGGCCAUAAAGCAGAAUAAUAAAGAGCACUACAGGCGCUUGCUGGAGAUGGUGACAGAAAAAUACAGCAAAAGUCAACCACUACCUUUCAACCAAACAAAACCACAAGAUGAGUCACUGUCACAGGGUGAUCUUAGACCUGCUCCGUCAGGGAAAACCUUUGAAUCAGUGCCCAGGAAGGCAGGAUACACAGCUGCCCCAAACCUGUUUACAUGGAGAACUGCAUCUGCCAACAAGGACAGGUGGGGUGGAUUGACCUUCAGCAAGUCAUUCAACGGCAGUUUUGAGGACACACAGCCUAUUAGGAAUGGAAAGCAGAAACAAGCAGCGGAGUUGGACCUCUCUACAGAAGUGGCGACUCGCCUCAAUCUGGUGGCCAGAGGGAAUCCUGCUGUCAGCCUGCCUGACACACAUUCUGCACACACAGCACAUACAAGGUACAGCGAUGAGGACAUACCUAGGCUGACCAAGGAAAUGACAGCGGAGGUGAGUGGUGCUCUGGCUCAGAGUGAUCCCAACCUUGUUCUAAGCGCAGCUUUCAAACUUCGCAUCACACAGAGAGACCUGGCCACGCUGCAGGAAGGUGGCUGGCUCAACGACGAGGUGAUGAACUUUUACCUGUCCCUGGUCAUGGAGCGGUGUUCUGGCGAAGCAGCAGGAAUAAAGGUUUACUCGUUCAGCACCUUCUUCUUCCCCAAGCUGCGGGGUGGAGGAGGCGGGCUGGCUGGGGGACAUGCUGCUGUGAAGCGCUGGACUAAGGCUGUCGACCUCUUCCUAUAUGACCUCAUCCUGGUCCCUCUGCAUUUGGGUGUCCACUGGGCGAUGGCUGUGAUAGAUUUUAAAUCAAAGACAGUGAAGUCAUAUGACUCGAUGGGCCAGAGACAUGAUGACAUCUGUAGUCAUUUACUGCUCUAUCUUAAAGAGGAGCACAAAGCAAAGAAAGGCAGAGAGCUCGACAGUGCCAAAUGGACUAUUGGAAGCUUGAGGGCAACCGAGAUUCCCCAGCAGAAAAAUGGCAGUGACUGUGGUGUUUUUGCCUGUAAAUACGCUGACUACAUUGCAAAAGGAAGGCCUCUCACAUUCAAACAGUGCCACAUGCCUCUCUUCAGGAAGUUAAUGAUUUGGGAAAUCCUCAAUCAGAAGCUGCUAUAGAGGAUCGCAACAAUCUCCUGUCCAUUAACUGCCUAACAACAUAGACUUUCUCAAUGGGAGCAACAUCUGUGUACAGUAACGACAUGGCGAAGAAAAAGGAAAUAAAUGGGCCAAAGAAGUGGACUGAAAUCUAACCCAGUCUAGCUGUUCUGGUCUGGAGAAAUCAAACAAUAGUCUUAAGAACUGAUUAUGUCCCUUUUCCUAUCAGGGACAUAGUAAUGUUUUGUAAUCUCUGAGUUGUAAUUGGAGACACUAUUCGGAUGUAAGAAGUGUAUGUCUUAUACAAAUCUGACACUACUGACUGAACGGCUUUUUUUUAAUUGACUUUGGAUAUUUAGUUGUACUGUUUUGAAGUACUGCCUGAAGUGCCUUCAGCCCUCUGACACUGAGCUCAACAUAGAGCAUGUUUAAUUACUCAGUCACACACAACUCCAAGCCAGUUCUGAGGAGCUGGACUCAUAAUUAUUUAUACUGUUGUAGUCAGUGAUAUUUUGGUGUAAUUUGACUGUUCUCCUCCUCCUCCAUUUGUGAUCAACACAGUGGAUGGCAAAUAACUAAAUUUAGUCAUGGAAAUUCAUUCUCUGUUUGACAUAAAGAUGAUGAAAAUAAAAAUACCUCCUCUCCAGACCUUUUUGGACAAAAAAUUGCAUGGUUGAGUGCUUGUAAUAUGUAAGUUUUGCUACUAUUUAUGAUUUGACUGAAAGAGCAAGUGUUUUGGAGUGUGUGUAUAGUUUGCUUUUCCUCCAUGUUGUGGAGUGGUAAUAGUCAUUUGCCCAUGUCUAACAUAAGGCGCUGUUAGGUCUGUGAAUCUUUUCCAUGAGCAUACUGCAAGAGGCUACUUAGGGCUAUUAUAUUGACUUAUAGUAUAGUAUACUACAUAGCAAACUACUGUACACGUGCAUGUUUGAAUUCAUGCUUUGAAAAUGUGAUUUUUUUUUUUGUUUGUUUUUUGUUGUUUUUUUUCUCUCUCCCCUGUAAUAAAGUGUUUCUUUUUUUAA